CAGCGGCCCCGCUCUCAGAGCGGUCCUGGCGCGGCGAGAUGCGGGCGGGCGCGCGGACAGCGCUGCCGCUGCUGCUGCUGGUGCUGGUGUGGGGUGGGCAGCGCCCCCGGGCAGCGCGGGCCCAGCGCCCCGCCGCGGACGCAGGGAACGGGACGGGUUGUGUCCCCUCUUCGUCAGAGUUUCCUGAAGGAUUUUUUACACCGCAGGAGCGAAAGGAUGGAGGAAUCGUUAUCUACUUCCUAAUUAUACUUUACAUGUUUUUGGCCGUGUCCAUCGUGUGCGAUGAGUACUUCCUACCUUCGCUAGAGAUCCUCAGUGAAUGCCUUGGCCUUUCUCAAGAUGUUGCUGGAGCAACUUUUAUGGCUGCUGGAAGCUCUGCUCCAGAGCUUGUCACUGCUUUUCUAGGAGUCUUCGUGACCAAGGGAGAUAUUGGUAUCAGCACCAUCCUUGGAUCAGCAAACUAUAAUCUUCUUGGUAUUUCUGCAGCUUGUGGGCUGUUUUCCAGCAUGGUGUCAAAGCUAUCCUGUUGGCCGCUGUUUAGAGACUGCCUGGCAUAUACAAUUAGUGUGGCAGCAGUCCUUGCGAUGAUAUCUGACAACAGAAUUUACUGGUAUGAAAGUGCAUCCUUAUUAUUGAUAUACGGGUGUUAUAUUCUCAUACUGUGUUUUGACAUUAAAAUCAACCAAUACCUCAUGAAAAAGUUCAGUCCCUGCUGUGCGUGUUUUACAAAAGCUAUGGAAGAGAAUGCUGAGCAGCAGCCACUGGUUGGGUGGAGGGAAGAGAGUGGACCUCUAAUCCGACAACAGUCAAGAACAGAUAGUGGCAUUUUUCAAGAUGAGCUGGACUACUCUCAGCUUUCAACAAGCUUGCAUGGGCUUGAUGAAAUCUCUGAAGAUCAUCCAAGUGUCUUCACCAUGCCUGAAGCAGAUAUGAAGAGAAUCGUGUGGGUGUUAUCCCUUCCUAUUAUUACACUACUCUAUUUGACUAUACCAGAUUGCAGAAGACAGUUUUGGAGGAACUGGUUCAUGGUGACAUUUUUAAUGUCAGCAGCAUGGAUUUCUGCCAUAACUUACGUCCUAGUAUGGAUGAUAACCAUAGCAGGUGAAACACUGGGAAUUCCAGAGUCAGUAAUGGGUCUCACAUUACUAGCAGCAGGAACAAGUGUACCAGAUACAGUUGCAAGUGUGCUGGUGGCUAGAAAAGGAAAUGGAGAUAUGGCUAUGUCUAACAUUGUAGGAUCCAACGUAUUUGAUAUGCUCUGUUUGGGAAUACCCUGGUUUAUAAGAACUGCGUUCAUAAAUACAUCAGGACCCGUAGAAGUAAACAGCAGUGGUUUGACAUACACAGCCAUUUCUCUUAUCUGUUCUGUUGUUUUUAUUUUCCUGGCAGUUCACCUGAAUGGGUGGAAAAUAGAUAAAAAAUUGGGAGCAAUUUGUCUUGCACUGUACUUAGUAUUCACUGUAUUAUCAAUUUUAUAUGAACUUGGCAUCAUAGGGAACAAUCCUACAAGGGUCUGUGGGAACUAGUUUUAAUCAGAGAUUAUACUGAUUAAAAAAAAAGAUAAA